AUGGGCUCCAUCAGUGCAGCAAAUGCAGAAUUUUGUUUUGACGUAUUCAAAGAGGUGAAAUUGCACCGCAGCAAUGACAACGUGCUCUUUUCCUCCCUGAGCAUGCUUUCAACACUGGCCCUGGUGUAUAUGGGAGCAAGGGGUAAGACUCAAUCCCAGAUGCAGAAGGUCCUUCACUUUGAUAAUGCUACAGGAGAUAGAGACAUUUCUGACUCCCAGUGUGGCACUGCUGAGUACAUCCACAAAACGUUCAAGGAUCUCCUCUCAGACAUCAGGAGGCAAAAUGCUACUUACUCACUCAGGAUUGCUGACAGACUCUAUAUUGAAAAAACAUACCCUAUUCUUCAGGAAUACAUAAAGUGUGCAAAGAAAUUCUACAAAGCAGAGCUGGAAGAAGUUGACUUCAAAACAGCUGCAGAGGAAGCAAGACAGCUCAUCAAUUCCUGGGUGGAGAAAGAGACAAAUGGACGGAUCCAAGACUUCCUGGUGUCAGACUCUGUUGAUCUCAAUACUGCGCUGGUCUUUGUGAAUGUCAUUUACUUCAAAGGGAUAUGGAAAACUGCAUUUAAAGAAGAAUACACUCGGGAAGAGCCUUUCAACGUGACUGAGCAAGAGAGCAGACCCGUGCAAAUGAUGCGUCAGAACAGCACCUUCAGAGUGGGAAGAGUGGCUGAAGAUAAAAUCAAGGUCCUGGAGCUUCCGUACACCAGUGGAGAGCUGAGCCUGUUGGUGCUGCUGCCUGAUGACAUCUCUGGCCUGGCACAGCUUGAGAACAAAAUCAGCUAUGAUAAACUCCUGGAAUGGACCAGUCCCAAGGUGAUGGAAAAGAAGAAGGUGAAAGUGUACCUCCCACGCAUGAAGAUUGUGGAGAAAUAUAACCUCACAUCUGUCCUGACAUCCUUGGGUAUGACUGACCUGUUCAGCCCGGCUGCCAACCUCUCUGGCAUCUCUGCAGCAGAGAGCCUGAGGGUGUCUGAGGCUGUCCACGAGGCAUACCUGGAAGUCAAUGAAGAGGGCACUGAGGCAGGUGGCACAGAGGUUGUAACUGGAGACAUCCAACAUUCCUCUGAUUUUGAAGAGUUUAGGGCUGACCACCCAUUCCUUUUCUUGGUCAAACACAAUCCAAGUGACAUGAUACUCCUCUUUGGUAGAUAUUGUUCACCCUAAGGAGAAAAAGGGCUGGAAACAAUGCUUGCCUACCCCUCAGAAACAGACCCCCUUUACUCUAGUAUUGUAGUAUAAUCUUAUCUCUUCACUAAGUGGGAAGCCUUCAGUAUCUAGGGAGAUAUUCCUGAAGAAGCGUGUGACUUUUCAGAUCUUUGGGUGCUGAUAUUUCUGCUUACACAAAUUGUACUUAGGACUUGUAUCCAUGAAUAAAUAAGAACUUCAAGAGGUAGCUUAACAUCAUGAUU